UUAUAGAAAUCCACAAUUUCAUACCCACAAGCUUUCCCAUUUCCAUAUAUGAUUACGACAUAAUUUCCACCUCCACCGUCCACACGUUCUAUAGGCGAUUCUCCAACCGUCCGAUCCUUUGACCAUCUCGCCGGAGUCAAUCCUUAAUCGCCGUCGUUGCUGUAUCGGGAAGAAGCAUUUCAGUUGACACAGUAGGGUGGAAGGUUGGGUGGCUUUCUUGAACAGUUUGAAAGACAUUGUUGCAAGGGAAAAGAAGUUGAGGUAGAGUAACUUUUCAGUCAAGAAUCUAAGAUUUAAGAAUUCUGAUGCAAAUCUUAAGGGUUUCACAGUUGUUAAAUCUUCAAUAUUGCUUUUAAAUUGCUAUUUUAUUGUUCUGACCAAAUGAUAUGUUCGGUUUUCUCUGGAAAGUAUUGCAGGUUCUCAGGUGACCACUCAGUGGCCAAAUUUAUAACGUGUUGUAUUGCACUAUUGCCUGUCACUGACAUUGACUUCAAAUUCUAGUCAUAAUAUGGAGUUCCUCAAAUUUUAGUUUUGCUCUACUUUAGCAGGGGAAGCAUGUCUAAACUUGUGCCUGGGAGGGAAGAUGUUUGCUAAAUAUAAACAUAUAAAUCUUUACAGAAUAAUACCAUUUGCAUUUGAGGAGUAACCUGAAUAUUCCUUUUGCAGCUUAUAGGAUCUAGAUCCUUUAUGAUUAAAAAACUUAAGAUGCUAGUGCUUGUUGGUUUCAUGGGUUUACCCCUUAAAAGGAAGUACAAUUACAUGUGGAAACAUAUCUGCUCAUGAAUUACCUGAAUUUUCCCACCCUUAUUGAGCACUAUCCUUAAUGUUCACUGUAUAGCUCUUGUUAAAGCCAUUCUGCUUUAUAUGGUAGCUGAGACCAAUUGCGAUUCAGGUCUGUCAACAUUUUCAUCACAUAUAUGAGUAAUUUUUUAGACAUAUAAACAUCAGUGGCUUCGAGUGCUGCUUAUAAUAUCUAUUGGUACAAAGUACAAACUGUUGAUUAAUUAGUGGCUUAGUGCUUAGAGGGCUUCCUCAGCUCUCUAUCUCCUUCCUUUAUUUUCCUCUCUUUCUUGUGCUUCCUUAAUCGACUUUUCCUACUCUCUUCAGUGCAUACCACCUUUUCUUUGGGGUGGGUUUUACCUUUUAAAGGCAAAUUAAAAUAGGCAAUCUAUGAGUUGGAAAUUUCAUAAUGUUCUUUACUUUCUUAUUCUGGCAGCAAGCCAGCAACCUAUGAGAGCCUCAAUGGGUAGCUAGCAGCCUAUUCUCUUCCGGUUAAUUUAAAUUUAUAAAUGGUAUUGCAUUGCAGGCACCUUUUUUGUUACCCUGAGCAACAGAGCAAGGAUUUUCAUUUUGGACUAAAUUCCAAUCAAGAUCCAUUAUGAACUACUACAGUUUUGUGAUAAAAGUAACCUUUGUCCUGGUCCAUGGGUGACUAGUUACAGGGAGGAAAUUUAAGGAACCCUAGAGAUAUAGCUGUUCUGUUUACCGGAUACCUGUAGGAAAAUUUUGGAAUUCAUGAAGAGUAUUGAAGACUAUGUUCCAUCAAAAGAGAAUUCUAUGAUAUCUUCAAGCAAACAUUUCAUUUUUAUAAUCAGGGAUCUAGAAAUAUAUCCUUUGUGGUGGUACUGUUGGCAAGUCUUUUGCAUCUAUUUAGGUGCACAUUUAGAACAGAACACAGAGAUAAGAAUCAAUGAUUAUGAUCAUUGUAUUGCUAGAUAGUUGGCCCCGCCAAUGAUUAAUUAUGCUACUCUCUCCCAUUGUAGCACAUUGGGCAUCCUUUCAGGGAAUCCCUGAGUUUAAUGAAUGCAUAGGCAAGAUGUGGGUCGUAUAUUUCUGGAGUUGCUUUGUCAUCCUCUUUACUUUGGUAGUGGAUUUCUAAGGAUUUGAGGUGGAAUGCCUUUUUGCUAAGUUCCAACAAGGCAUCUCUCAUUCUUCUUGAUGCUUGAGCAUGGAAUGUGCCCUUUUUGGUGUAUUAUAUCAAACUUAGCUGUCCCAAGUGAUACUCCUCCGUUUCAGAUUCAUCCUGAAUCCUGUGAAUAUCCUGGAUGGUGUGAGCUCCUGACUGAAAGAUGUUUGUAACUGAUUGCCGCAAUGAUUAAUUGCCUGAAUGCUGGCUUAAAAUAUUGGAAGUCCUGAAAAUAAUGAGUGAAGUCUGGGUUUACUUUUUACUUGGCUAUGCUAUGAACAGCAGAAAAUUGAUAAUCAUAUUGCUUUUCAUUUAUUGAGUUGGAGGGCUUGCAGUUAAAAGUUGCUUUUAGGCCCUGGGCUAUGGGAAGAAGUGGCAAAGAGAAUUUCAAGCAGGACCUAGAUUAUAGUUCUUAAUAUAUUUGUGGCAUACUCCAGUUUUGCUAUCAGAAGCAUCAGUUUGCCUCAGUGUUUUCACCAUUGUUCCUAAGGACUUCAGAUUGCGCCUGGAAUUGUUUCCCCAGGACUGUACAUAAAAUGCUUAUUCAUUUUAGACAAUUACUUCAUGGAAGAAUGACCAUACUUUUACCGUUAUGAGGGCCCCUUUUGCAAGAUUUUUAUUGGGAUUUUGUGGCUCUGGUUAUCCUUCUACCAUUUGUUAUGUACAAUAUAAUACAUUUGUAUUGACACAUCUUUGUUACCAAAAGAGGACUUGUUAACUAUCUUGUGCUAAAUCCAUAUUGUAUUCAUUAAGGUCUCUGAUUUACUCUAAACUUCUAAAUUCUAAUGUAAAGAUGUCCUUGCUUAUUGUGUCACAGAAUGCCUUGUACUUGUAAAACACUAUUCUGUCCCUUCUAUGGAUCUAUGUUGGUAUAAGAAUUAUGGUACCUCUUUGGCUUACUAUCUGGUCUGCUGAAUCAGUUCUCAUUGAUCUCACUGUUUUUAGUCAGAUGUGGUAACUCAUGAGAUAGUUAUUCAAGAAACUUUCGUUCAAUUAGUUUGUCUGCUUUAGGAAACUCCCUGUCAAUAAAGUAACAAUUUGUUCAUGUUUAGAUCAAUUUUCACCAUCAUUUUUUGUUUGGAAUUGGAGUUGAACAAGAUUCCCACAAUAUAAAUGCAUAUUGCAAUUCAUAUUAAUUUAAAUUGUUCGGUGUGAUUUUAGCUGUUUAAUUACUUCAUGUUAAAUCUAUAAUUUUUAGAUGUUAUACAUUGCACACAGACUUAAUGAAAGAAAAGUUAAAAGUUAGCCUGCACUGGGAGAUGGUGAAUAGCAAGGCUUUAGAUCAACAUCAAUCGCCUAACUUCCUUCCUGCAACUCUGUGUCUUGUGUUCUAAAUAUCCAGGAUUCUAGCAAGAUCUCUAUAUUUUGGAACUUAUUUUUAAUAUACCAUUGACAAAUAUUUACUAUGUGAUUGCCAUGAAUUUCUUUCAUUUUGUUCCUGCAAGUUAUAGAGAAUGAUUAUGUACAUUAUCCUCAGACUUUGAGUUGGUCAGCAACACUUGUUGGAGAUUUCUGGCUUAUAUUUUCUCCCCUUUUAUAGUCUUCUUUCAGAAUCUCGUUUACCCCUCCAUGCAGUUUCAGCCAAAUAAAAGUAAUUAGAUCAGCAGUUGACCUGGGGUAGUAGCACUGUGUUUUUCCCUUGAAAGAAGUUAAUUUUUUUUUCUUUUUCUUCUUCUUUUUUGUGCUGUAGUGAUCCAGCGGUAAGACACUGAAUUUUUUUUUUCCCAGUAUUUGAAGAUUAUAUAUGAGCUUAGGCAGUAUUUUCAAUUUUUUUGUGUCUUAAGUUAGUGUCAAUGUGUCUUUUAGCCUCAUUUUAUGAAUAACUACAAGAUUGCUUCACCCGUCAGUAUUUUCUUCUCAUUCUCUUCUCUCUAUUGAGUAGGACACAUGAAGGUAUCUUUUCAAGACUACGUGUAGCAUUAACUUGUCCUACAUCCCAUAUAUUAUUGGUUGUUCAUUUAACAUUUGGAUCUGUUGCUGGUUUGAAACAUUUACCAAUUGCAAGGGAGUUUUGGAAUUUCAAGUGGUGCAAUGUUAAUUGAUGUGCAGAUCUGCAUAAAGUCUGUUGAUGAAUUUUAAUGUUUGAAUUAUCUGCAGCUUGUCAUUUCCUUGAUUUUUGGUGUGUGAACCUUAGGUUAGAGAAGUGUAGGAACCUUUGCAUUCUCUCAGUCAAUAUUUUCCUCUAUAUGGCUCUUGGUGACAUGUAGUGGUGCUAGCCCAAUAAGUGUCUGAGUGUCUACUUGUCCAACUAGCCUUUCUAUUUAUUAUUUUGUUAUUAUUAUUAAGUUCAAUUCUAUUUUCUGCAAUCAGAUUUAUAUUUUCUAAUUUCUAUUCACUCCUUUGUUUGAUAUAUAUCUUUCUCUUCACCUUCAGUUAUUUUGAUUGCACACUAUUUAAACUAGAGGAUUCUACCAUACCAAUGGCAAAUUUCUUUUAAUUUCUCUUCAGCAUAAACCUUUUCAGUCACUUUUUUUUUUUUUUUAAUGUUUUAUGUGCUCUUGCCUCUUAGGCAUGAAUUCCCUUCGUCAUCUUGGCAUUGGUGAAACCUCUUCUAGCCUUUUAUUUUCAAAUUUUCUUUGUUAUUGAAUGAAUAAACAUGAGUAUUGAGAUUGUAUGUUACAAAAUUCACAUGUAUUAAAUGUGUUUUUUUUUUUUUUUUUUUUUAUUAUCUGUAACUGCUGAAGGAAAUCAGGCAAUCUGACAUUGUAGGCUUCAUUUGGUACAUUUUUUUAUGUUACUUUGUGGAGUUUCAAAUAAAACAUGCUUUUUGCAUUUCUGCUAGUUUAAGAAUCCUGUGUUGUCUUUCAAUUGCAACUUGAUUAAUUAUCUACUGUUUGUUGGGGGUUGGUACUGUUUCUCAUUAUUGAGAGUCUGGCACCCUUACAUGUUCAUGGAAAGGAUAAUCCUUUUUUUAUUCAACAGAUUAAAUUUUCCAAUCUCAUGCAUGUGUAAAUUGUAUGAUUUAUCUGACCUGAAAGUUCUUUUGGUGUAUUCUUCAUUAAUUUGUGGAGAAUGCUCUUUCAUUCCUCUUUUAAGAACUUUUGGUGGGACCCCAUGGAGCCAAGGUUCUUUGGUUGCUAAUUGGAGAUAAGCUUCUGUAGAAUAUCCUGUGAUUUUGUUAAUUGGAUAUGUUAUUGAAUGUGGGUUGCACCACUCAGCUUACCUAGUUACCUGCUAGGUAGAGCUAUCAUCUAAGUCCUACUCAUGAUUUUGAAUGCUUGCCUCCUGUUUGAAUGGUCACAAGUCAUGAUGAUCUUGAAGUCUAAAUGGGUUGCUUGUUUCUAUAGUAUAUCACAAAUUUAUCUUCAAUGCCAGAAAGUCUCUAUGAAAGCCAACUAUAACCAGAAAGCUAUAGUCUUUAUGUAUGUAGAGCAGGUUAAGUUAAUCAGUUUGGAAAUUUGACUCUGAUUGCAGGGGGGGUGGUCCGGGAGGAUGUAGAUUUCCUUUCAUCCUAGCUGUUUGUUAACUUGCUUCUUGUAGGAAGCAAUGGAGCAUAGACAACCUACAAAUUCAUUCAGUUCAUUUGGAAAUGGCCAGAGUCAUAAUCAAAAUUAUAUUUCAGAGCAACCUUUUACUGCCACAGGAAGAAUUGCUGCUUUAGGUGGCUCUUUUGUCCAUCCUGGACCUGGAGAUGUCCUGGCAAGCAGUGAAGACCAACACUGGAAUUCCAGAGGCAGAGUACAUCAAUAUCAUUAUUCAAGUUCUAGCAUGGAAGCAGCUCAUUUUCCCCCACAGAUUUCAGGCCCUCCCUAUGUGCCUUUUCCACAAUCAUCGGUUGCUGGCAACUUAUGUAUCCCUGGGAGUAGUAAUGGCUUGCACUCUAGGCACUAUGACAGAUUAACUGAUGAAUUUGACGGUAAUCUUGCUGAUCAUCCACAAUGCAUCCAAAGUGGACGGUUCAAAAGGAAAAGAUCCUGCAUUUCUGGACACUGUGAGAGAGGCAGCAGUAGCAGAUUUUAUGAUGUUGGAAGCUCCUCCAGAUCUCCUGGGAUGUUGAGACCAAUUCCAGAAAAUGAGAACAUCCCUUCAAAUCACACAGUCUUUCCCCAUAGAAGUAGUAGCAUCUCUAUUAAUGCUGAUGAAUCAUGGAGGAAUGUAAGAAGUCGGUAUAGGUGUGACUCGGGACACGAUGCAGAUAGAAGCCAUAUGCCGAAUUACACUUCUAUUCAGUAUCAAUCUACAACCCAUCCAACAAAUUACUCAGGCAUCGGCAAUACCAGAAGUCUUACAGUUGGUUCGAGCACUGGAGAUUUGAAUUCAGUCACAUAUGGAAGGAAUUCUCAUCCAGAUUCUGGUGACUCAACUCAUGAGACAAAUCCAUCAUAUUUUGGAGGAGGUGCUGCUGACGUUAGUGCACACUAUGGUGGUGGCUUUUCAAGUGGAAAUUUUAAUUCAUCUUCACAUUAUGUUCUUCCGGGGUUUGCUCAGGAUGCAAGGGGAAGCCACACUAAUUACUCUGGAAGAAUAUUACCCCCGAAUGGUAAUAAUUUGAGCCACCCACAGCUAGGCUAUGCUGCAGCUUCCACUGAAAAUGGCAUGCAUUCUUCUGCUGAAAUGUUUUCCUUCAGACACACGAGGGCACUUGCUGUUGAAGGGCGGCACAAUCGCUCUCAGCAUGGAAGAUUUGGUGUUACUGAUGAGAGAUUCCGUUCACUUUCUAGUCUGGCGGAUGCUCAUGAUAGAAUGAGAUCUGAGCCAUACAUGUUUGAACAACAAUCCUUUUCUGAUGGUCCCCGAAGUUUGUUUGAUGAGUAUGUAGGCAUGAGGCUAGAUGUCGACAGCAUGAGUUAUGAGGAACUGCUUGCCCUAGGAGAAAGAAUAGGGAGUGUGAAUACAGGCUUAUCUGAAGAUAUGAUUUCCAAGUGCAUCAAAGCAAAAGCCUUUGGUUCAUCUAACGGCGAGGACGAAAGAUGUGUCAUUUGCCUUGAGGUUUACGAGAACAAGGAUGAAAUUGGGAGUCUGAUGAAGUGUGGACAUGAUUACCAUGUGAGUUGCAUCAGCAAGUGGUUGUCAAUGAAAAAUGCGUGCCCAAUUUGUAAAUCUGCUGCUCUUAUGGAUGACAACAAUUAGUGUUGUUCUUUGAGGAUUUGAUUUAUUCUCAUCUAUCAUGUAAAUAUUACAGUCCUAAUUUUAAUUUUUAUGUAAAUGGAUAUUUUUAUUGUGCACAAUGCACAUUACAAUCUAAAAUCCGGGAUCAUGCAUUCUAAAUAUGAUGCAUCUUUGAUGAUU